AUGAAAUUUCUUCAUCCUCCUUUUUUUUCUCUAUUACAAAAAAUCUUGUCACUACAUUCUCUUUUAUUCUUUUACGUUUAUCCUUUUUUAAAUUUUAUCUUUCGUUAUCCUUUGUUUCUUUCAUUUUUUUUCUCCUUCAUUUCUUUUUUUCUUUCAUUUUUUUCUUUUCUGUUUUUGUUUUUACUUUUUUCAUUGUUUUUUCUUUUUCAUUUUUUUUCUUCCUCUUUCUGUUGUUUUUUUUCAUCCUCUUUCUUAUCGUCUUCCUCUUUCUUAGUCUGUUUUCUAAUUUUAUUUCACUUAUCUAUCUUCAUUGGGAUUUAUUCUACUUUUUGUUUUUCUGUUAUUUCUUACCUUUGUCUCAAUCUCUCCCCCACAGACCCACCUGUUAUCUGUGUAUAUAUCUCUUUCUUUCCUUAUCUCUGGUCGUAUGUAUCUGUCCAUUUCUCUUACUUUAUCUCUGUUUUAUGUGCAUGUCUGUCUCUCUUUCCUUAUCUCCUGUGCCUGUUUGUCUGCCUGUCUUUCCUUAUCUCCCAUAUCUAUCUGUCUCUCUUACUCUUUCUGUUUUUAUGUGUAUGUCUGUCUAUCUGUGUGUGUGUGUUUUCACUGUGCAUCUACCUGUCUCUUUUCCUUUUCGGCCAUUUUUUAUACUUUUCUUCUGCUCUUUCUAAUAUUCCACUUGAAUUGUCUUUCUUCACUCUCCACUUUAUCUGCUUCAGUGUUUCUUUCUUUCUUUCUUUCUUUAUUCAUUGUUUUUAUUCCCUCUCCUUUGCCACCCUCCACCAACCCUCUUUACUGUUUAUCUUUAUUUAUCUGUGUUCUUAUUCAUUUCUAUCGAAUUUAUCUUAUUCACUUUCACCCUCGUCUCUUCAUCCACACAUAUCAGUUCUGACUCUUAUAAGACACAAACUUCUUUCUCUCCAUCUUCCUCACCAUCAUCCACUGAUAAAAAAAGGAAACAGGAUGUUUCAAAUAACACAAGCAGGAUGUACUUGUUUUUUGUUUUUUUCCUUUUGUUUUGAUUUUUAUUUCUUUUCUUUUUUUCUUUUCUUUUUUUUCUUUGUUUUGAUUUUUAUUUCUUUUCUUUUUUUCUUUUGUUUACCUUCUUUUUGUUUUGUUUUUCUCUUUUCUUUAUUUUCUCCUUUUUCUUUAUUUUCUCCUUUUUCUUUAUUUUCUCCUUUUUUAUUUUCUCCCUUUUCUUUAUUUUCUCCUUUAUUUUUCCUUUUCUUUAUUUUUCCUUUUCUUUAUUUUUCCUUUUCUUUAUUUUUCCUUUUCUUUAUUUUCUUCCUUUUCUUUAUUUUCUCCCUUUUCUUUAUUUUCUCCCUUUUCUUUAUUUUCUCCCUUUUCUUUAUUUUCUCCCUUUUCUUUAUUUUCUCCCUUUUCUUUAUUUUCUCCCUUUUCUUUAUUUUUCCUUUUCUUUAUUUUCUCCCUUUUCUUUAUUUUCUCCUUUUUUCUUUAUUUUCUCCCUUUUCUUUAUUUUCUCCUUUUUCUUUAUUUUCUCCCUUUUCUUUAUUUUCUCCCUUUUCUUUAUUUUCUCCCUUUUCUUUAUUUUCUCCCUUUUCUUUAUUUUCUCCCUUUUCUUUAUUUUCUCCCUUUUCUUUAUUUUCUCCCUUUUCUUUAUUUUCUCCCUUUUCUUUAUUUUCUCCCUUUUCUUUAUUUUCUCCCUUUUCUUUAUUUUCUCCCUUUUCUUUAUUAAUAAAAACAAUUAACAAAGCUGACAAACUUGCACUGAAUAUCUACCUCUUUCCACUCUCUACCUCUUUCCACUCUCUACCUCUUUUCACUCUCUACCUCUUUUCACUCUCUACCUCUUUUCACUCUCUACCUCUUUUCACUCUCUACCUCUUUUCACUCUCUACCUCUUUCCACUCUCUACCUCUUAUAGAUUUUUCUUUAGUUAUGACUGCAGUGACUGCUUCAGAAUGGUUAUGCCUUCCCAAAAAUAUCUCUGUACCCAUAGGCUCCAAUGUGACGUUAUGCUGCCAAACGGUUGAUAAUUCACCUAUCAUUUGGGUAAAAACGUCUGCUGCCAUCUUGAAUGGUGAUAAGGAAAUGGGCUGGAAUGCAGAUCAAAGAAAGCGAUACAAGAUUCUAGGAACGGGCAAAUUCAUGAUCAUAAACGUGACUGAGAGUGAUGACUCUGUUUAUACUUGUUCAUAUAAUAACGGCAACAAAGCCAUGUACCUUACAGUGCAGCUGGCUCCUGAUCCACCAAAAGUUAGCUCAGAUAAAAAUGUCUAUAAAUCUGGAGAAAAUGCAACUCUGACUUGUACAUCAUCUGGGAAACCUGCUCCAACCAUUUAUUGGAUGUCUCAGGGCCGUCGUUACAUAGGUGUGUCGGCUAUCAAUGAUCGCACUACAACGAAUACAUUGAGCAUCCUUGUAAGCCGGCAAUAUAAUAAGCAAAGCUUUACUUGUUUUGUUUAUAAUGAUGUUAAUAUUAAUAAGCCUCUCCAGCAGAAUAUGAUUUUUGAUGUCCAGUAUCCACCUUAUGUGAGGAUUAAACAACGUAUCAACCGAGAUUUGUUCAAGGUGAUAGAAAAUACUCGAAUGACCUUGACAUGCAUUGUUGAUGCAAAUCCACCAAUUUCAAACAUUAAAUGGAUCAAAGACAGUAAACUCUUAAAAGACAGCCCAUAUGUCUCUUCAGAAAAGGAGUUUCACUAUUCAGAAAAUGUUUCAAAGGCUGACAAUGGCAAAUAUGAGUGUAGUGCAGAAAACUCACUCGGAAUAAAAAACGAUUUUAUUAAUGUGGACAUUUUAUAUUAUCCUCGUAUUUCUGUAAAAUCCAAUAUCACUGUGGCCCAGAAGAGCUCUGUCAUCUUGAACUGCUCAGCAGAUGCCAACCCGCCUGCCACAAUCAAAUGGAUUGGUAAAAAUAAUCAAAUCAGAAAUAAAAACAAUUUUAUCAUCCAUAAUGUCAGAGUUGGAGAUGCUGGAAAGUACAGAUGUGAAGCCCAGAAUAACAUGCUGUCAUCCUUGGAUAUUAACAGAACAGGAACUGCUAUUGCCAUUACUACAUUACACGUCAAAUACAAACCAGGUCCUGCUAUUCUAAGACUUGCUGGUACACCUAUUAAAGGAGAAGAUAUUGUACUGAUAUGUGAUCUGCCACAAAAUGCAAUUGGCUAUCCACAUCCGUACUUUAGAUGGCGAAAAAUUGGCAAUAACUAUUUUAAAGAAUCAACUAAGAAAUUAGUUAUUGCAAAUGCUACUCUCUCAGACUCUGGCUCAUAUACAUGUAAUGCUCAAAAUAUUGAGGGGGAAGGAGGUACGGAUAUUUUGGAAGUCAGAGUGAAAGAAUAUCCUGAGUUCCAGAAGAAACUCAGCCGAUUCCUCUAUCUCAAUGUAACGGAUAAGAGUCCAAUUCUGAUGUGUAAAGUAAGAGGCAAUCCAAGUCCAAAUAUUACAUGGUAUAAAGAUGGCCAUCCAGUAUCACGUUAUGACUAUAUAGUUGGUCAGUCCAAGCCACAGCCUCAACAAAACAGUUUUGUAGUUACCAGUUUUUUGAACUUCAGUAAUUUUAGUUCAAAUUCCCGAAAUGUGCGACCCAGUGAUACAGGAAAUUAUUCUUGUGUGGUUACAACUUUACUUAACCAGAGUUUUGUGCUGAAAUCAAAUAUGCAGAUUAUCAUCAAAUCUUCUCCGCAGAUUAAGAAGAAGGACGAGAUUGUUGCCAUCGACUUGAAUGAUAAUGCAUCCAUUUCAAUCAUUGUUCAAGUAUAUCCUCCUCCAAAAUUCCACUGGUCAAAAAAUAAUAUGCCACUACCCUUUAAAAACAUUGUGAGAGAACUUGGCAUCAAUAAAUAUCAGAGCACUUUCAUAAUCCCAUCAGCAACAAGAGCUGACCUUGGAGUUUACAAGUGCUAUGUCAACAACACGUAUGGAUUUCAAGUUAUAACAAGGGAUAUACGAGAAACAAGUGUUCCUGACCCCCCAGAUAACCUGUCUAGUGUCGAUGCUACCUGGGAGUCUGUUUAUCUAUCAUGGGUUGCUGGUUUCAAUGGUGGAGAGGAGCAGACAUUUGUAGUUUCUUACAUGAAUAGUACACAUAACCAUUCAGUUGAAGUUGCUGUUGAAAAUACUGGCAAGAUUUAUUAUAAUGUUACAAAUUUAAUGCCAGACACAACUUAUGUUUUCUCUGUACAAGGCAGAAAUCGUUUGGGAAAGAGCAAAAGUUCAAAUUUCUUUUCUGUGCAUACAAUUUAUUUGGCAUUACCAACUCCUGAAAACGUUAAUCAUUCACACUGUUGCUUUCCCCUCUCUCUCUCUCAUACACACUGUUCUUUCCUCUCUCUCAUACACACUGUUCUUUCCUCUCUCUCAUACACACUGUUCUUUCCUCUCUCUCACACACACUGUUCUUUCCCUCUCUCUCAUACACACUGUUCUUUUCCUCUCUCUCAUACACACUGUUCUUUCCUCUCUCUCAUACACACUGUUCUUUCCUCUCUCUUACACACUGUUCUUCCUCUCUCUCAUACACACUGUUCUUUCCUCUCUCUCAUACACACUGUUCUUUCCUCUCUCUCAUACACACUGUUCUUUCCUCUCUCUCAUACACACUGUUCUUUCCUCUCUCUCAUACACACUGUUCUUUCCUCUCUCUCAUACACACUGUUCUUUUCCUCUCUCUCAUACACACUGUUCUUUCCUCUCUCUCUCAUACACACUGUUCUUUCCUCUCUCUCUCAUACACACUGUUCUUUCCUCUCUCUCAUACACACUGUUCUUUCCUCUCUCUCAUACACACUGUUCUUUCCUCUCUCUCAUACACACUGUUCUUUCCUCUCUCUCAUACACACUGUUCUUUCCUCUCUCUCAUACACACUGUUCUUUCCUCUCUCUCUCUCACACAAUUUUGAUCUACUGGCACGCACUUUUGCUCCUCUUCUCUCUGGCACGCACUUUUGCUCCUCUUCUCUCUGGCACGCACUUUUGCUCUCUCUCUCUCUCUUGCACACUGUUGCUAUUCCAACUGUUUGUUACCAACUUUCUCCCUUUAUAUGA